CUGUCCACGUGUUGCCGAGUAUCGGAAAGAAUCCCCGGAGCUCCGAUCGACGUUCUCUCUUUAGUCUCUAGUCAGAUAAAGUCGUGUCUCCGAUAGGUAAAACCCACCCUGCCCAACAUCUACACUCUCACAAGUCACAAUUACUCCCAAGCACUCUCUUUUUGGGGUUUCGUAAAUCUCCCAACUUCGCCCUUGGAAAACGACCCACUAAUCACGUACUUCCCCCAAUCCAUUUCUAUGCAUCUACGCAACCAGACCUCCUACGACACCACCACUACGCGAUUUCAAGCUCUAGGGUUUUCAUUAUCUCUGCUAAUGGUCAACCGAUGAACUGAUUUUUAGCUUAGGUCAUUCAAUUUUCUAUGAUGGAAGUUCAAAAUUCGGGAGCUGAGAGUCAAAGUCUUGACCGGAGUCAAGCGAUUCAGAAAACUGAUGGAGGACAGGUGGGUGUCGUUGCAGAUGGUGGCGGUGGAGGAGUGAAGGUUGAGGUAGGUAAUGCGGUUGGAGGAGCUCAAGUGGCGAAGCGGAAGCGAGGGCGGCCGCCUAGGGCUCAGGCCAACCAGCCGUCUGCUAAGAAGAUUAAAGAAGAGGAUGAGGAUGAAGACGUUUGUUUUAUUUGCUUCGAUGGUGGGAGUCUCGUGCUGUGCGAUCGCCGGGGCUGUCCAAAGGCAUACCAUCCGGCCUGUAUCAAGCGCGAUGAAGCAUUUUUUCAAACCAAAGCUAAAUGGAAUUGCGGUUGGCAUAUCUGUAGCGUAUGUGAGAAGACAUCAUAUCAUAUGUGCUACACGUGUACUUAUUCAUUGUGCAAAGGGUGCAGUAAAAAGGCUGACUUUAUGUGUGUGAGAGGUGAUAAAGGCUUUUGUUCAAUAUGCAUGAAAACAAUCACGCUCAUUGAAAACAGCGCACAAGGGAAGGAAGUAAAGGUGGAUUUUGAUGACAAGACUAGUUGGGAGUAUCUUUUCAAGGUAUACUGGAACUACUUAAAAGGAAAGCUAUCUCUAACUUUUAGUGAGAUUAUAGCAGCUCAAAGUCCAUGGGAAAGAUCCGAAACAAUCCCUUCAAUCGAAUCAACUUCACAUAUCAGUGCCAGUGGUAGAAGAAGCAUUACAUUAGAUACAUCUUUUGGAAAUCACGAGGCUAAUAAUAUUUCCAAAAGUAGCAAAACAUCUGAGCAAACUAAUGAACCCACAAAAGAAACUCCAUCUGUAAUCGAAUCCAAAGAGUGGGCAACCAAAGAGUUACUAGAUUUUGUUUCACACAUGAAAAAUGGUGACGUGUCCAUGUUAUCUCAGUUUGAUGUCCAGGCACUUUUGCUAGAUUACAUAAAAAGAAAUAAUCUGCGGGACCCACGAAAGAAAACCCAAAUCAUAUGUGAUACGAGGUUAAAGAAUCUUUUUGGUAAACCACGUGUUGGUCAUAUUGAAAUGUUAAAGCUUCUGGAGUUACAUUUUUAUAUAAAAGAGGAUGAUAGUUCACAGAAGAAUACAAUUGAGAAUAAUACUGUAUCUGUAAAACAAGUGGAUGCAGAUUGCAAGCCUGAUAAUAUGGUGAUGGUGAGUAACAAGGAACGUAGAAGUCACAGGAAGGCUGAACAACGUGUGACACAGAAUAAAUUGGAUGAAUAUGCUUCGAUUGAUGUGCAUAAUAUGAAUCUGAUAUACUUGAGGCGUAAUUUGAUGGAGAAAAUUUUUGAAGAUAGUGAAAAGUUUCAUGAAAAGGUUGUUGGAUCGAUUGUGCAAAUUAGGAUAUCGGGUAGUGAUCAGAAGGAUGAUAUGUACAGGCUUGUGCAAGUAGUAGGUACGACUAAGGCGGAUGUACCCUAUAAAGUUGGUGAUAAAUUAGUUGAUGUUAUGCUUGAAGUAUCAAAUUUAGACAAGAAGGAGACUGUGGCAAUUGAUACAAUUUCAAAUCAAGAAUUAUCCGAGGAUGAAUGCAGACGGUUGAGAGAGAGUAUAAGAUGCGGGCUUGUGAGAUGUUUUACUGUAGGUGAGAUACAAGAAAAGGCAAUGGCGCUUCAGUCACUUCUGGUUGAUGAUAGAAUGGAAGCCGAGAUGUUGCGGCUUAAUCAUCUUCGCGAUCGAGCAAGUGAAAAACGGCAGAAAAAGGGUCUUAGAGAAUGUGUACAGAAACUCCAACUUCUAAAGACACCUGAGGAGCGUGAACGCAGAUUACGUGAAGUCCCAGAGGUUCAUACUGAUCCAAAAAUGAAUCCUGAUUAUGAAUCUGAUGACACUGAAGAGUAUUUCAACAACGAACACGGAGAACAUCAGAAGCCCAAGUUUUCUUGGGUCAGUGGCACAAACACAAUCUCUCCUCAAAAGAGAGCGGAAAGUUCAAACGAUCAAAAUCAACCCAAAGACAACGUUGAGGAGGAUUCCAUCAAGCCUACAGGGACAUCGGAAAUGGAAAAAGACAUGAUGGAAUCAAAUCCCCCGGUGGAACCACCAAAAGAGGUCAAUUGUAACGGUUCAACAAUCCCUGAAUCCAAUCCCGAACCUCAUGUGAGCUCAUCGCUACCCACCAUUGUAGUACCGGAAUUCAAGAUUGAAACUCCUGCGAGGUCAUCGGUACCCACCAUUGUAGUACCGGAAUCCAACAUUGAAACUCCUGUGAGGUCAUCGGUACCCACCAUUGUUGUAUCGGAAUCCAAGAUUGAAACUCCUGUGACGUCAUCGUUACCAACCAUUGUUGUACCGGAAUCCAAGAUUGAAACUCCUGUGACGUCAUCGUUACCCACCAUUGCACCGGAAUCCAAGAUUGAAACUCCUGUGAGGUCAUCGGUACCUGCCAUUGUAGUACUGGAAUCCAAGAUUGAAACUCCUGUGAGGUCAUCAGUACCCACCAUUGUAUCGGAAUCCAAGAUUGAAACUCGUGUGAGCUCAUCGCUACCCACUAUUGAACCGGAAUCAACACCUUCUUCAUUUCUGUCCAUGUUGGAAAUCCCAUCUCCCAAUGAUGACAUAUGGCACUACCGGGACCCGAGUGGAAACGUCCAAGGCCCGUUUUCUAUGGUACAGUUGCAUCAAUGGAGUAUCCGUGGAUACUUUCCCAAUGAUAUGAGGGUAUGGGCGGGUCGAGAGGCCGAUUCUGUACUUCUAAACGAUGUAUUGCAACAACAGUUUAAUAAUCCCUACAAUGACCCAUGGCCCGGCAAUGAAAAAGUCAAUAAUCAAAUUGAGGAAGUCAAUGUUCCGCAAACUUCAUAUGCUAUGGACUCCGUCAAUCUUGAAAAGUUACCCAAUUCCGAUGAUAAUAAUUACAAUUUGAACUGUAACCCCCCAAAUAUGUCCAUUUCGAGUCCAAGCCCAAGCCCAAGCCCAAGCCCAAGCCCGAAGGGGCCCGAUACUGAUAUCAAUCAGCAUGUUUCUCAAGUUUUUCCUGUUGCAGAUGAAGCCCUUGUGGAUUUGCAAAGUCAACUGUUGAAGAAGGAAAGUCAUGAAAAUGAAAAAGACAAACAACAGUCUGCACAACCUUCCGGAAACCCAAACCCAAACCCAAACCCGACCCCGAACCCGCCUACGUGGAGUACUGCUUUAAGUUUAGUGAUUGGUGGGGCCCAAUUACCCGAAACGGGUGAUGAAUGGGGCCGAUAUCCUCCUAAGCCUGAGGAAUGGGGGUCGGCCCGGGUAUCGGUUUCUCCUUUAAAGCCUCUAGAAGUAUUGGAUCAUCAAGUCGGUAGUACAAAUAUGGAUCAAAUUAUGCAUCAUCAUUCAUCGCCUCCCCAAUCAUCACAACCGUAUCACGGUUUGCCAGCAUGGCAUGGACUCGGUGUUGGUGAAACCAUUGAGUUUGCCACGUUGGCGGAGGAAUCCGUUUCCGAUCUUUUGGCGGAAGUUGAUGCAAUGGAAUCCCGGAAUGGAGUCCCGUCUCCGACUUCUAGAAGGAAUAGUUUUCUUGAAGAUUUGUUUAAUGGUUCCAUGGAUGAUUUCAGCCCGACUGAUCAGGAUACAGAUAUGCAUUUACAUCGUCAAUCACAUCACUUCUCAUUUGGUCUCGAGACUAAACCCAUCGGAGCUGUUGCUAUUCCGGCCACAAAUUCCGAUCAUAUGGGGUUUAAAUGGGCUGAGAUGGGCAGUUCUGAGCUCCCACCACCACCGCCACCGCAACCACCACCGCCUCGCCAAGACAUGAUCGAUUUAAAUGAUUCCACUAGGGCUGAAACUGACGAGGGAGAAAGAGACGAUCUAGUUGAAGAAAAGUCAAGAAACGGUAUACUUCCACUGCCACCACCGCCGCCGCCACCACUGUCUCCGCCUCCACCACCGCCGGAAUCACGUGGAGGAAGGAAGUCGAAAGGCGUUGUAUCAGGUUGGCCGGGUGAACGGAUAAAAGCGGUGGCAGCAAGGAAAUUUAGUGGGUUUCCGGAUGUGGAGGAGGAAGAAGGUGAGUUUAUCCAGCCGGAUGCACCACCACCACCACCGCCGCCGCCACAGCCACAAUCACAACCGCCGCUGCUUCCGCUGCCACUGCCGCUGACGAUGGGAUUUGAUGUCGCGGAUUCACGAAGAAUGGGGUCAGAAAAGUAUACAGGAAGAGCAUCUCAGGGAGCCACCAGCGGAAGUAGAUCCUCCCAUAGCCGGAGUGUGAAUGCAGGGCGGGAGUCCUCCUCCCACCACAGGAGGUCUAGUGGGGGGGACAGAUAUAGCAACAGUACCAGCAACAAUAACAGUAUCAGUAAAAGUAUCAGUCCAAGAGAGAGGACACAUCAUGGUGAGGAUUCAGGACAUGGUAGAAGCAGUAGUAGAGCUUCAUGGGGUAGGCAGUCUUCAUUCAGUAGUGGCGGCAGCGGCGGCGGUGGUGCUGGUGGUUAUUCAAGGGCGCCGCCAUCAAAAGGGCAGCGUAUAUGUAAAUUUUAUGAGAGUGGGAGGUGCAAGAAGGGAUCUUCAUGCAGCUAUCUACACCAACAAGAGAGGUAAUAUUUUGGAUUUUGGGAGGAGGUGGUAAUGAUUGAAAUGGUGACAUGUGUUUUUUUGUAUAAUCAAUAUAUAAUGUAGUAGUGAUUAUGGUGUCUGCUGUCUAUAUUUUGGGAGUUGUGACUCUUGCCUAUGAUUCAAUUUACUCAAGUUAGUCACUUGUUGUACAACAAAAUUGAGCCAUUGAUAUCGUUGUUUGAUCUCAAUGAUGCUUUUUGCAUUCGAUAAUAUCACCCAAACUAUGGACAGGUUUGGGUGGAAGCUUUUCUGUGGUC